UCUGUCCGUCGUCGUGGCUUCGGAGUCAACUACCCCGAUCAGCACCUGCAUGGCUGACGCUGAAGGUUGCUAUAGCGACACCGAGAAAAACGACAUGCUUAAUCUGGUCAACAGUAACCCGCCGCAAUACGCGACGGCCUGCGAUAUGUUCGCUCAUCGCCUACAAUGUCUGGACCGAAUAAGCCACGACUGUGACGCUGUAAGGGCCCAGUUUAACGAGUUCAGAGCAACGGUGACGAGCGACUUCCAAGGAAUCUGUGGCUCGGAGAAGACUUUGGAGAUUGCAUUGACUCAGCAUUUUCCUCGUGUCCAGAGAAAGUCAAGGAUCAUCUAGAGGAUCAGAAAAAUAACAUCUACUUGGAGGAAAUGCUGACGGGAUGUGAUGGUGCUUGUGGCAAAGCUAUGUCCUCCUGCUUCCGGACUGUGGAGUCUACCUUUCGCCAGAAACCAGUCAGAAACAACACUCUCUGCCCGUACACAAACGUGGCUUUGACCUGUGCUGUGAAGCUGAACCAGACGGACUGUGCCUCUAACAAGACAUUUUUUGACAGUAUCAUGUCUGUCUGGAAUAAAAGAAUUUCAGAUUUCUGCCCUGCCAGGAGCGACUGCAACAAGCGAUCGUCGGGAUGCCUGGACAAACUGAAUGGUGCCGAAGGCCUGGCACAGACAGAUAAGGCAGCAUAUUGCCAGAAGGUAUCGGCUACCAAUACGUGUCUCUCGUCUAUCAAGAAUAACCAAGCAUGCGCCCUGUACUCGGCAGAAGAUCUCGCCAUCGUCAAGAACUUCCGGGUGACUACAAAGCCAGUUU